ACCAGGGCUCGCUUUGAGGAGCUCAACGCUGACCUCUUCCGUGGCACCCUGGACCCUGUGGAGAAGUCUCUCCGUGACGCCAAGAUGGAUAAAGGGCAGAUUCAUGACAUUGUGUUGGUUGGCGGCUCCACCCGUAUCCCCAAGAUCCAGAAACUGCUGCAGGAUUUCUUCAAUGGAAAGGAGCUCAACAAGAGUAUCAAUCCAGAUGAAGCUGUGGCUUAUGGAGCUGCUGUCCAGGCUGCCAUCCUGUCUGGUGACAAAUCUGAAAAUGUGCAGGACUUGCUGCUUCUGGAUGUCACUCCUCUGUCCCUGGGUAUUGAGACCGCUGGUGGUGUCAUGACAGUCUUGAUCAAACGUAACACCACCAUUCCUACCAAGCAGACUCAGACCUUCACCACCUACUCUGACAAC